AUGACGAGAAUGGUCCCGUUCUGGUUCUCGCCGCCGAGCUCGAGCCCGGGCCCAAGUCUCGCGAGAGGGAGCCCGGUGGGCUGCUGAGGCAGUGGCUGAGGCGGACGAGGAAGGGCGGGCGGCGGCGGAGGAGGAGGAGAAAGAGGCGGCGGCGGGGACUGAGGCGACUGAGACUGGGGAGUCCGGACGGGGGAGGCCGGUGCUGGUGGCGGUUGCCCUCGGGGGUGGGGUGCGAGGGGUGUCGCCUUCGUCGUCACCAUCCUCCUCCUCCUCCCCGUCGCCCGUGAGGGAGGCGCCGGCGGCCUCCGGCCCGGCCCGCCCUCCCCGCCUCCCUUCGGCCCUCCCCGCACCUGGGCGGGCGCAGGCCGGGCGAGGGGCCUUGGCGGCGGCGGCACCGACAUCGGCCACGGAGGACGAGGAGGACCUGAAGGGUGAGCGGCUGCGCUCCGCGGAGGAGGGCCGGGGGACGAGGGCGGCGGCGGCGGCGGCAGAAUCAGAAUCCUGCUUGGGGCGGGGCCUCCUCGGGUCGUGGAGGGGGUGUGGGAGGGGUGUGGAAAGGGUUAAAAGGAGACAACUCUCCCCUCCUUCCAAAAAGCAGCGGCGGUUCGGGGGGGAGGGGACACACACCUGGGGGGAGGGGUCGACGUCUCCGGGGGGGGGGGCGAUCUUCUUCCCUUCCCCCUUGGAAAUUUACAUGGGAGUAUAGCUUCCGAAUGUGUGUCUGUGUAUAGGUUUGUAUCUCUAUGCAAGCCUGUGUAUUUGUGUGUACUGUAUAUGUGUGUGUGUGUGUGUGUGUAUAUAUAUAUAUAUAUAUAUAUAUGUAGUGUGUGGGUUUUUUGUGUGUGUGUAUAUAUCUAUCUAUCUAUCUUUAUGUGUAUGUAUAGUGUAUACUGUAGUGUAUGGUGUAACAUUCCCUUUCUCUCCACACACACACACACACACACACACAGUCUUUUUCAGAGAUACAUUUUGGGGGGCACUGGAGACAAUGUGUUUAUGUAUGGGUAUUGCAUGUGUGUGUGUGUGUGUGUGUGUGUGUGUAUUACAUAUAACAGGCAAAUAUAUAGAGACGUGUAAUGUGUAAUAUUGAAUUGUGUGUGUGUGUGUAGAAAUUAAUAUAAAUAUAUAGAUACAACUCGAUGGCACAUGGGGGGCACUAGCGGCUUAGGAGGUGUCUUUCUCUACUGGGGAAGAAUCAGGAUACAGUAUAUACAAGGGGGAAGGGGUUUGUCAUCUCUCUUAUAGAAUAACAAGGAGGCGUGGAUGCUUUUAAAUGGGAGAGAGUCAGGAAUAGGAGAUAACUGUCCUCAAGAGGGGGGAGGGAAUCAGGACAGGUGUAAUACCUCUGUUGGGGGUUGGACCUCUCUCUUCCUCUAUAACUUCAUAACUAACAUAGGGUGUAUCUUUCUUUUGUUUUCAGUUUUUGUGGGGAGUGGGGGGAGUGUCAAUGGGGGGGUGAGGAAUUGCCUUUUCCCAGUGGGGAAAAUCUGAAUAUAAUGUGAAGGGAUAGUUUUCUAUGGAGGAGAAUUCUCUCCCACCCCCACAAUAUAGCACAGGGUUGUGGUGUCUUUUUAUUGUGGGUGGGCAGUCAGGGCUUUGGAAAGUGUUGUGCCUACUAAGGAAAAGGAUCUGAAUGUGAUAUGGGGCGGAAGAGGAGGGCAUCUUUAUUGGGGAGCAGGAGGUGAUUAGGACAUCAUUUAGCCAUUCACAUGAUACUUUUUGGGGUAUGGGUGGGUGUGGGCAGUGAUGUCUUGGGGCUGCACAUCAAGGUUUCCUUUGUUAUUUAUUUUAAAUAUGAUAUCCCGUCUUCCACUUAUGCCAAUAAAGGCCAAUAAAACAACAAUAUCCCAUCUUCCUAUUAGAGAAAAUGUUACAAAAACAAUAGAGUUGAAUAGCAGGGGGAGAUAUCACAGGAAGCCCACCAUGGUUGAUUGGUGUUCCUGGGGGUGGGGUGCAGUGCUGCAAUAGGGGAGGGCAGCACCCCAGAUUGCUGUAUUCCUUCUAGAGGUCAAAGGAACAAUAUUGUGGGUUGAUUGCUUAGAGAUGUAUUCUCUUCAUGGUUGGAACAGGUGACAGGAAGGCAGAAUGGAAUUGCUUGUGCUUCAAGGAGUGGGGGUGAAGAGGAAGGGCUGCUAGUGGAUAAAUUGUGAUGUUCUUUCUCCAGAAAUGUAAUGUUUCAUUUUUUGUGAUUAAAAAGUGCUUGUGAUUAAAAGUGAGAUUUGUUAUUGCAGGGUUUGUUUGUUUUCAGCAUUAGAUAUGUAGUGGAUAGUUAAUCAGUUUUGUGACCUUUCCAAGUUUGGGACCCCUUCCCAGCUCUGUGAGUGUAGAAGACAAAUCACAGGCCUGGCUAAGAGGGGGUUUAAGAGGGACAUGUCUCCUUCUGUAGUAUAACUCAUAGAAUGGGUCUGCUUGGGGUGGGGGGGAGGAGAUUCUUAGCUCUUGGAAGGCUGUGCCAGGAUUUGCAAAGUGUUGCCCCUUCAGUUACGGCUCAGGGGCCUUUCUUUGUGCCCUGGGAGCCAAGCUGAAGACAGCAGGACCACCUGCCUAUUUUUAGCUAUGUUCCUCUGGGUGGUAUGUGACUGUCUUCCCUCAGCCCACUUUUUUUUUGGGGUCCCAAGACUGGGUGCACAAGUACACCAGCAUUUCCUGGUUGAGAUGAUGGCCUGGACAGGAUAGGGGAGUGGAAAGCUGCGCCCACCCCACGAAAGAGAAGCAGCUUGUAGCCUGCGUUUGCCAGUUGUGUCAGUAUACCAUUGGAGGCCUGUUCCAGUACCCUUCUGGGGGAGCCAGAAAUACCCUCCCCUUUUUGGAUGCCUGUGGUGCUGCAGAAGUCUUUCUCUUUCCACAUACACAGCCCUGGAAACGGUGUUGUACCCUCAGAGGUGGAGCAUCAGGAGGCAUAAUAUCACCUCCUUUGGAAGGGUUGCUUCCUCUUUUCUUAACCAGUAACAGGACCAGCCUGACACACUUUCCCCCAGUGACUUGUGGGGAUGGCAGUCAGUGGGGCCACUUGUCAUUGAUUUGGCCUGAUCACAUCCUAGUGAAGACCCUGGAUGAAAGCUUUAAAAAAAAUGUGGAAAUGAAUGCAACAUUUAUUUCAUGUCUUCCUUUUAAUUGGCCUGCUCAUUUUUGCUGGAAACCUGCUUCUUUCAGAGUGACAAGAGAAAGGGGUGUGUAGUGUGGAAAAGGCUUUUUUUUUCAUGCUGCCCAGGCUGCUAAUUGAUGGCUGUGACCUAUAUUAAAAAGGCCUUGUGUUGAUUCUCUUUAGUAAUUGCUGUGCCCAGCAGCAAAACAUUCAUUUCAGUGCAUCCAGUUAUCUUUUGGGAUCUAAGUGUCAGGACUUAUGAGUUUUCGUUCCCUUAUGAUACCUUGUUUGACUAUCUUACUCAUUGCUGUUUGGCAAGAUGGUUGAAAAUAUUCUUUGGUGGAUACCAAUACAUAUAAGUACUCUGGCAUCUUAGUGAGGGGUGUGGUACAAGGAACUGAGUGAAAUUAAAAUUGUUUUGUCAUGUGAGUAAUAUAUUCAUUACUUCAGUAUGUUGAUAAAUACCAUAACUUAAGCCUUAGAUCUUCAUGAGGUCAUUUUUGAAGCCUUGGGUCUUCAUGAGGUUAUUUCUAUAGCCAAGAGGAAGGUAUUUUCUGUUUAUCAUGACAGAGCGUAUUUUAUAUGUGGUUUAUUUGGGGGGCAGUGGCUGAAGUUUCAAUUGAGAAAAUUAAGCAAAACUGUUCCUUUCAUUCUUGGCUAAACUCUGAAUGUUACCUGCAAAUGUGCCACAUACUUUCUGGCAUUAAUUCUGUCUAUAUUAUGUAUGAUUCCUUUAUUUUACUAAAUGCAAUACUUUAAAACAUUGGUCUUCAGCUGGUGGGUUGGGACCCACUAGCAGGUCACAGGCUGAUCCAAGGUGAGUCAGAAUAGCAGCAUUACCACCAUGCAAAUAUAUAGCAAAAGAUUAAGAAAUGGGUCCUUAGAUGCUUAUUUGGGUUAAAAGUGGGUAAAAUAUUUUCAGUCUUGUCAGACUUGCAAGUGGCAACUUGCCUGGCUGGCCAUUUGUGGCUAGCAAGAAUUGUCUCAAGGUGAUAGGUGUUUUGUUUAAACCAUUAAUGUGGUAACGUGUCAACAAGACUGCUCUAGAAUGUAGCUCAUCAUUGCAUAUGGAACUUGAAUCCACGCAGUAGGAAACUAGGAUGUAAUUCAUAGAGAUGUAGAUUUCUUACCAUUUAUAUUUCUACAGUACUGUAGGCUGCUAUACGCUUGUUUUUUCCACAGAAGAAAUGGAUGCUUAUAACUUCAGACCUCACCCCUUUUAAAUACAAUAUAUCUUUUUACUGUUUGCCAGCUGCUUGUGCCCAAGGACAAGCAUGGCUGACAAUGGGUUUGACCUUCCAGGUCAAAUUCUUUGCAACAUUUGUACAGUACUAAUUCAAGCUGAUGUGCCUCUGUGUUACAUCCAUAUAUUUUCUCAAAAUACCUUCAUAUGUUGUUGGUAUGCCGGGGGCCACUUCCUUUUUAUGCCAAGCUUUUGAUGGAUUGCACCUGCCUAGAAAGCAUGGGGUGCAGUCCUGGACUCUUUGUGGAAGGAAUGGGUAUUGUAAGUAUUCCUGCUUCUAUCUUUCUUGGUUUAGAGACAAUUUUGACAGUUUACAUGGAUUAUUUGUUUGCUUCUGAACCCCUGAAUAGAUAGAAUGGGGUGGCGGUGAAAUAAGCUUUUUUAUUUUUAGUAUUUCUCAUUCUGUGUUUAGAUUUCUAGUAUGUGGGAUUGCUGAGAGCACUUCUUAAUCCUCCAGCUUGUGAAGGUAUUUUUCUAGGCCUCUUGUGUUGUGAUUUAUAUUGGUUUUCUUGCAUUUUAUUGUACUCUGUUGUAUAUUUUUCUGUUCUACACUUUGGAGACUUUUAUUAUUUUUAACCAUUAUCAUCACCGCCUUAGAUUUAUUGUGUCAUACUGAGACAUCAGGUCAAAGAAAUACUCAUUCUCAAUCAUGGGUUUAAGGGCACUGUUUCUUUAGAAACAAUAAACGGGUCUAAGUGCAGAGGUUAGUGGGUUCUUUUUUAAAAAACGUGGACCAUCAAAAUUAAUUUUUUGCAUGUAGCAAACAGGUGUUUUCUGAACUUUGUAACAUCUAAAGUAGACAAAAAAAUAAAAUGGGAACAUUUAUGUAUUAAAUUUCUUAUGAAACAUAAUCAUCCCCUUCCCCUUUAAAAUAAUGAUCCAGACAUUUUCGGUGUUGGCAUUUUAGAAGCUGUUACUUUUAAACCAAAAUAUAACGUUAAAUGCAUAGGAGUUGGUGCACUGUGCCUAAUCCUUGGACUUGCGCUCUCCCUCUUCACCUUUCAUAGCAAUUCUCUCCUUCUUCCAAACCAUAGUUUGCCAGUUUGGGUGAAGUUGCAAGCUAUGGUCUGCCAGGAAAACAGUGAGGAGAGAAUCCAUCCAGGUUCAUUUACAUAAUGCCAAGCCACUCCCAUAACUCCUUACAUAUUUCUUCCUGUGAUACAGGUACGUGAGGGAAAAAUUACGAAGAUAACAGAUGAGGGUGUGUAAGACAGUACAGUAUACGUUACUCUUUUUACAGAUCACUGUACUCAUUGCAUACCUGUAUACAUGGUGUAUGUAAAUAUUACAAGGCAGUUUACCUCAAUCACAUGGCAGCCAUUCUCAAGAAACAUACUUUGUAAAAUCUUGUGUGAAGAGUUAAACAUUGUUGAAAGUGCAGGAAAUAGUCUCCUUUUAAAAAAAUGCUUAGAGUCAAAUGGGAAAACCCAUUAAGUUCUGAAUUUUUGGGAUUUGCUAUUUUUUUCUGUCUUGUGGUUUUUCAACUGACCCUGCUUUUGUAACUCUCAGAGAUAUAUUUGUUACAGUAGCACGUGAUGUGCAGAAUGAGGUAGUCUUGUUUCGUCACGAUGCUGUGAGAGCAUAUUACCUGAAGAUCUUGCAAGGCUAGUAUUCUGGCUGAAUGACUUUGAACUUGGCUGUUUGCUGGUUCAGCACAUUUUAAAUGUUCAAAUUUCCUCUAAUAUUUAAACUGCUCAUGUGGAUUUUGUAUGUUAAUUAAGCCGGAACCUUCAGCCUCAGGAUUGUGUAUGUCUUGGUGUAGCCUACAACUUCUGUCUUACCUUCAUUGAACUUAAUGAAUCUUGUUCCAUCAAAGCCUCAGCCAGCCUCUUUGUUUUAGACCCUUCAAAGUGGGCAGACAUUUGCUGCCAUCCUGCUGCUCUACCAGUUUGUCUAGCCAGGUGUAUGGCACACCUUUUAUUUUGUAGCCUUUUAGUUCUACGGUUUACAAAAAGAAUUCUCUGAACCCAUAUGAGUAUAUAUACAAAGGCAUACACAUGACAACUUGGAAAAAAGCUUCCUGCGUCUGUAAUCUAGUGCUUCCUCCUUCAAGACCCAACCAAUUUUAGCAACAGUGGCAAAAUGAAAAAAGAAGACAUAGUGCUUGGAUGGGUGUAGCUUAGCACCCCAACAGGGAAGCAAAUUGCCCCUUCCCCAUCAGCAAAGGGAUCAUUUUAUGAGCGGCAAGAGGCAAUAACCCUCUUUUCUCAGAUGAUCUGCAUGCAGUGUGGCUGCCUGCUUGUGUGUGUGCUUGCAUGCAAGAGUGUACCAGUAGCAUUCAGUUCCCAGAGAGUAGGUCACAUGUGAAUAUGGCCCUCAGGCCCAAAAAGGUUAGCCUCCCCACCAUGGACAAUAAGUUGUCUCUAUCAGAGUGCGCCUCUCAUGUGUCAUGACUUCUCUGCUUCAUCUGUCUGCUACUGCUGGCCUUUGCCUCCCCUUCUAGUGGCCUGCUUCAUUCUGGAUUACUUUCUGAUAUCAGGUGUGGGGCAGGUAAAGGCAGGGCUUGGUUGAAAGGGAGUUUGCAGGCACCAGUCAUCAGCAGUGCCUGCAAAGCCCCUUUCAAAGUGCAGGGCAAGAUAGCACUCUAAGCAGGGCAUCUGAAGACCCUUGUGGGCAAAUGAGGCCAUCUUAUCAUGAUUGCGACAUUGUGAUUGUGAUUGACAGGUGGGCAGUUCCACCCUUCUUUGGAACUUUGCCCGCAAAGAGUGGGGGAGAUAAUAAUCGGGCCAGACUCCCCACACUUGAGCCACUGCUUCUAUUCCUGAUGUAACAUUGGGCUGCAGUCAGAUGAUUGUAUCAGCUGGCUGGGGCUUGAAGACUUCCGAAAUGUUGGUCCCACCCUGAUUGUUUAGAUGAUGAUAUCUAAUUUAUUGUCUGGCAUGGGGUACAUUGCCUUAAGAACCUCUUUCUAUACCAUGCUAGGGAGCUCUGAGUUUGCAGACUGUUUCCUUGUUAGAGGUGCUAGACUGUACACCUGGCCUGCCUAUUUACUUACUGUGUUUAAUUGAUAAGAAGGUAUGCGUUGACUUGGCAUUUGGUUUUCAGGUCAGCUAUUUCCUGAUAUUGGGCAGAGAAGCAUCUGAUCAUUUCAUACAUAUUUGUGGUUUUUUGUUGUAGGACUAGAUCGCCUAGGGGCCACACCUGUUUCACUUCAAGAUGCAUUACACUGCUGGAUGUAUAAGGUGUUGCGUGAUUGCUUUGGAUAAUACGUUAGUGCAGUGGCAGCCAAACUGUUUCACAGAACUGUCAGAAGGCAGUCCACUGUUAUCAAGAUGGCUUCUCCAGCCCUACUUAUAUUCUCCUCCAGCGUUUUAGCUACAGGGCACAUUGUAUUGGGUAUGCACUGAGAUGCGUCCUCAAGUUGGUUCAGAACAAAACUGGCUAGUGGACCUGUGGAAACUGAUUGCUCUUCCAGAAUCUACUGCAAUGCACAAGAGUGUCAUGGAAGACCAGACAUAUGUACAGUACAUAGGUGUCUCUGAAGGUAGAAAGCUUGAGAACCUUCACAGGGACAUGCUUUUUUAAAAAAAAUAAAAUCAGUGUGGCUGUUAAAAGAUAAUCUUCCUGAGUCAUGCUUCACAUAUAUUUAGGCUGGGGGUCUAACUUGGCUAUAACUACUCAGCAAUGUGAAGUGAGGAUAGAGAAUGUACUUAAAGCAUCAUCUCAGUGUUGUAGUAGUGAAAAACACAAAACUAACAUAAUUUAUUAGAGGAAUGGAAAACAAAUAUGCAAAGAUCUACAACUUGCUACAAACUUUGAUGCCCAAGCUGACAACAACAGUCCUCAGUUAUUUUCUGUAUGGAUAAAUAAUUGGUGAUUAUUUUUGUCUGUCAAACAAUUUCAUAGCAAACAAAGUCAAAUAAAACUUGUAAAUGUUAAACCGAGCAGAAAAUACACCUGGAGUAGAGGAUUUUUAACUGGAUUAAGUUCCAGGCAUGAUUGAGGGUUAGACCUUUGGGAAGGGCCAUAACACAGUGGUACAGCAGCAGCUUUUCAUGCAGAAGGCCUAGGUUCAGUCCCCAAAUAGCAUCUCCAGGUAGGCCUGGGAAAGAGACAUCCAUCUGAGACUCUGGAGAGCCAUUGCUGCCUGUUAGUGUGGACAAUACUGCAUUGGAUGGACUGUUAGUCUGACUUGGUAUUAGGCUGCGUCCUAUGUUCAUAGGCCAGAUGACUUGGAUAUAUUUGCUGUUGUUAAUGCAGGCUGAGUCUAGGAAAGAUUUGCCAGUGGCUUGAUGUUGUGAAGAUCAGUUUUCUCUGUGGGGCCUGCUAUGACUCUGGCGUUUGUGGUUGUUGCAUUAUUUCUUUGCAUACAUGCACAUGUUGCCCUUGCAAACAAAUGCACAAAAGCUGGUAGUUAACCAUCUUUUUACUUGCCCACCUACAUCUCUGCUAAUCACAUCAUCUGCUUGAAAGGAGGAUAAGAAACUGUUCAGAUUUCUAAAAUCCUUCUUGUUUGGUCUCUUGAUGAUGUAAGUGGCUGCUUAUAAGCCUGCUACCCAGCUACAUUCUAGAUGGAGGCAAAUGUUUUAACUGAAAUUUUACUGAGAGACUUUUUUCUUUUUGCAUGCGUGUAUCAUUGCAAAUAAACAAAAUGUGUGAGUCAUUGUGUGCAAGUUUGAGGGGGCCAGAUAUAAGGAAAGACGCUUCUAAGAGUGAGUGUAAAUUUGCAGAGAGAGGGCUGUGUUCCAAGGUCACUGCUGCUAUCAUGACUUUUUGGGACUGGAAUUCUCCAGUACUGAUUCAGAAUCUAUGAGAAGCACUGAAAAGAUGUACUAGAGGAAAAUGAAGCCCUUGGCAAUUUCCUUGGGAAAGUAAGGCCGGUGGAGGCUGGUCUAUCAGGGCAAAUUGGGCUCUGAUCCACCAACCUCGCCCAGCCUGCCCUCACCUGCUUCCCUUCUUACUGAUGGCACUGGCUGUGAGCUUCCUCCACUUUGUCAUCCUCUUAGAAUUCAGCACGGAGGAGGGUGGAGAGAAAGUUAGAAUUAGUUGACUCUGCCUGCCAUUGUCUUAUCAGUCCCAAUAAGCACCAGCUACCACUCAGUUAGACUUAGUUGAAAAAGCAAAUCUAGGUACUUUUGCAGAGAAAUGGUAGCAUUUCUGUAGGCAGAACUGUUCUCCAUCCACUUUUCACUUGCCUUACUCUGUUGGGCUCAGAUGAGAUGCUAAGCUGCUUGUUUUGCUGAGUAAUCAACUUGCAUAAUAGUUGUUUAGUUCUAAUGAGCACAGAUAAAUACUGAAGUCUUGGUUUAACAAAACACUUUGAGGGUGGCUAAUUUUUAAUCUUUACACCCAAUAAAUCAUUUUUGUUUUCUUCUUAUGUUCUACUGGCUCUUUCUUGGAAAUAAGUAGUGCAAACCACUUUUGUCUGUCCCCACGAUCCAUUGUAAAAGGGAUCUUGGGUGAAGGUGGAGAUGGGUAGGGAAUAAAAGCAUUCCCUAUACCUGCAGUUAACUCCACCCAUUUUUUCAGUUUGUGCCUCUUGACUGAGAAGAGAAGCAUACAGUGGUACCUUGGUUUUCAAACGUAAUCCAUUCCGGAAGAUUGUUCGAGUUCCCAAACAUCUGAAAACCGAAAACUCAAUACGGAAAACUCAAUACAGAAGCUGCAAUAGCAUGUUUGCCUUCCAAGGUGUGUUCGAAAACUGAAGCAUUUACUUCCGGGUUUACAGCAUUCCAAAACCGAAGUGUUCGUCAACAGAGAUGUUUGAAAACCGAGGUACCACUGUAUUUGCAAAACAGGGAUUGGAGUGUUUGGAAGUGAGAAGUACAGUGGUACCUUGGGUUACAUAUGCUUCAGGUUACAUACGCUUCAGGUUACAGACUCCGCUAACCCAGAAAUAGUACCUUGGGUUAAGAACUAUGCUUCAGGAUGAGAACAGAAAUUGUGUUGCGGCGGCGCGGUGGCAGCAGGAGGCCCCAUUAGCUAAAGUGGUGCUUCAGGUUAAGAACAGUUUCAGGUUAAGAACGGACCUCCGGAACAAAUUAAGUACUUAACCCAAGGUACCACUGUACCUUAAAACCACCUUCCUUUGUCAUCCUUCCCAGUCAGUUUGGACUGAGGUGUUAACCCUCUGCUCCAAUUUAACAUUAGGUCACAAAGAACUUGCUGUGUGAGCGUUCAAGAAAAAUAAGCCCAAAGCCUCUAUUGAAGUGCACCAAAGUAGUUUUGUGUGAACCUGCAGCUGAUACAUUGUCUAUAAGAAAAAUCUGUUUCUUUGAAAUUUAGCCAAAUAGCAUUAGUUGAAAUAUCUGUCUGAUAGAUGGUGUUUUUGGCCUCUUGAAAUUUAUUGAAAUGCAGGGAGAGAGGAGGAAGUUGACUCCUGGACCUUGCUAGGGAUGCAUGCCUUCCACUAGGCUGGAAGAACAAUGGCUGUGUGUGUUUGUUUUUACUCAUCUUCUCCCCAAAUGUUGGUUAACAAGUUGUUCUAUUCAAUCAUGUGAGGGUUGGAGGGAUAAAUGUUGGAGUCAUACUGCCCUGGUGAAGCAGGACCAGUUGCUUUUUCUCUCUUGUGGGAGUCGUAGUCUGAAUAGAGUGGUACAUUUCAGAAACAUGUAAAACUGUAGUAGUUUGGCUCGUUCAGUCCACAGAGGCUUAGAAUCUGGGAUUAGGAAGCAAAGAAAAUGCCAUGGCAACGUAAGGCAAACUCCGCAUCCAGAAUUAUGAAAAGUAACAGCAUGAUUUCCUUGGUUUGCUAAGUAUGUUUGGCAGAAUUUAGCAUUUCUGGUCACACAAUUCUGCUUUUUAAAAAUUCAGGUUUUUUGUGUAAACCAGCCAGUUUCUAAACAUCUUUCCACAUCCUAGAUGCUAAAACAAAACAUGGACAUGUUUAUAACUUUUCUUUCUUGAGCUUCCCCACCACCAAUUGUGAAAAAUACUGAUUUUACCAUCUCACUUGAUUUUUAAAUGUGCUUGAUCUUCAAGUUCUAGUUGUUUUUCCUUUCUGCUUCUUUUGACUGGCUUGAUCUGUUUUCUCAAGGGAAUUUGCCAUGAAUUACCUUUUGAACACUGCCAUGAAUGAAAAUCUCAUUAGUUCAUCUUUUCUCUCCUGUUUGAGGGAUUUAUAUCUUGUAUGUGACUUAGCGUAGCAAAUCAAAUAGGCUUUGGGAUAUUUGCUUUGCAUCAAAAGCCCCAGGUUCAAUUCCUGGUAUCUCUAGGUAGGGUUGGGAGAGGCUCCUGCUAGUUACCCUGGAGACGCACUGCCAGUCAAUGUGGACAGUGCUGAGCUAGAUGGACCAGUGGUCUGACUCAGUUUAAGACUAUGCUACUAUGAAAGAUUUGAGGUGCAAAAUGAAUUUCCUCACCCUUGAUUUCUGCUAACUGAGAUGUCAGAAUUCAAGCAGCUUUUGGUGUUACCUUCCCAACAUUGUUCGUUUUAAUUAUCCCAUUACUUUGGUGCUCAAGCAGUGUUCCACUUUGUUCCAAAUCGAUAAUAGCUUGUUUUCUGGUACACUCUAGUUUUAGCUGAUCUGAGAGGUGCUUGCACAUGAAGCUGUCCGCACCCCCACCCCCGCUAAAUCUGUUGUGUGUGUCAUUCACAUGUUGUAGGUGAUAGAUGUUGUAGGUGUUUUAUUAGAUUGGCUGCUCUCUGGUCACCCUAGCCUUUGAGGGCUGUGUGAACUGGGCCGUCUUGUUCAGUGCCAUACCCUGACAGCAUUCCAUAGAUUUCAACUUCCAGAUACCAAGGGGUAGGCAGGCCUGCCAUGGUUAGAUUUGCACUAGGAAGCCUUAGUUGGAGCCUGUCCAGCAGGAUAGGUACUGGAGCAUGGUCAGAUGCAAGCAGGAUAUUCAGGGCUGACGGGAAGGACUGGAGCAGCAAGUCAGCAUCAAGAACCAGGGGAGUCAGCCCAAGAGAGCAGGUCAGGAACAAACAGGCAGCAAAGGAGGAGAAUCAAUAGCGUUUACUUUUGAGUAAACAUGACUGCAGUUGUGCUCUGCCACUCAAGUGACUUGAAGCUGAUAUGCCAAAAACAGGCUGCACUUCAGAUACAUAGGACACAAUUUGUCUCUGCAUCCUGACUCCUCAGUGUAUGGUGGUUGUUGCUUAGAUUGGGUCUCCCAUCUCCCCCCACCCCUCAAAGUUAAAAGUGCAAAUCCAUCGUUGCCCCUUGUCUCCUCUCACAUUUGAUCAUUAGGAUGCACAAGUAAACCAUGCACUGGUAACCUCAAGGUUAGAUUACUACAGUGCAUUAUACGUAGGGCUGCCUCUGAAGACAGUUUGGAAACUUCAGCUGGAGCAGAAUUCAGUGGCUAGGUUGCUCACCGGAACAAGACGAUUUGAGUAUAUUACACUGAUCCUCAUCUGACUUUACUGACUACCAAUUAGUUUCCAGGACUAAUUCAUAGUGCUCAGGACCAUAAUACCUCAAGGACCACCUCUUUCGAUAUGAACCCACUCGGACCCUGAUAGCAUCUUCUGAGGCCCUCCUUCAUGUGCCUCCUCCCCAAGAGGUCUGGAGGGUGGCAACAUGAGAACAGGCCUCUGCAGUGGUUCCCUGACUGUGGGGUGCUCUUCCAGGGAGGUUCGCCUGGCACCUUCAUUAUACACCUUUAGGCAUUAUACUCCUUUAGGCGCCAGUGUUCCUCUUUAACCAGGCUUUUGAUUGAUUGACAUCGUAUGCCCUUUCAAAAUGUGUUGGGGGGUUAUUGGGUUAUUUUGUUUUUAUUUUUGAUUAUGUAUUUUGUGGUUUUAUAUCUUUAUCCAGUCAGUCGCUCUGAGACCUGCAGUUAUAGGGCGGUAUAUAAAUUUAAUAAAUUACAAUAACCUCCUUGAAGAGGUUUUUAAAAAUAGGUUUUCUAGAGGAGACUUUGCAAAGGUGUUUGUUAAACAGAGCUAGCUGCCUGACAACAUCAGUUAUUUUCUUCUGAUAGGUUUAGUAGAUGUUUGUCUGGAUGCAGAAAUCUUUUCCGUGUGCUCUGCAGCCUUUUCCACAGGAGCUGCCUCUUAGUUUGUUGCUCUGCUGAACAGGCCCUGGAUACCCAGAGGAACCAGCAUCUCUUGUGUGUCACCCUGAAUGAGACAGGCACGAUGAAUGGCCAUCCUUAGCAUUAGAGGCCCUGCAAAGAGCCCUUACUUGUUCAUUGCUAUUUCGGUGCCUCAGGUUUAAGAUGACACCACUUCUAAUGCUUCACCAAUUGCUCCAGUGAAGUUCACAUUUACUGCCCUUUAAAGUUCUCUUGGAGGUUCUGAAGCUUAAGUGGCAUGACCUCAGGGGGAGGUAGCUGACGACUCUGUCUCAUACAGCUGCUCACAGGACGCCUUCCACAGAUUUGCUCCUUUUUAGCUGGUGAAAGAUGUGGUGGAAGAAAGUGUCCUCCCCCUCCUGCCAGAAGAGAUGAGCCCCUUCCUAGACACUCAGCAUAGAAAUACAGUAAAAUUCCCUCUCCCUUUUCUGCCAGCCCCCAGCAUGGCUAAUACCUCUUUUUUUUGCAGGCCAGUAGCUUUCGAAGACUAAUGUGCAGUGGUGUGUUAGUGUGAGGUAAGCUCAAGGGAGGGGCUAUUUGCCAGUCAAGCUUACAAGUCACAAAGCUUCUACCUUCUGAACGCUGCUGCCUUUUACAGACACUUCCUAAACACUUCAGUCAUGUGUCUGUGUAUCUGUGAGAGAGAAACCUGGGGGGUCCAGUCCAGCUCUGUUGAAAAACAUGCGAGUAUUGCAUGGGCAUUGCUGUGAGGAUGGAUUGUAUUUUUCUUUUUCCCCUGAAAUGUAGAGGGACAGGACUGAAAUCCAAACACCACCUGUGAUACUGAAUCCCAUGAGUGUGGAAUAGCAGAAGUCUAAUAGAGGUGAAAGGCUGCGUAGACCUUUUUGGCACAAAUUGCAACACUUAACAAUACUGCGCUUGCAGUUGUCAGUGAACUUCAUAGGUAAUAAGUGCCUUUUGAAUGCAGAGGAACUAGCUUCCAAGAAAACACAGUAUUGCAGGAUGGUGCUAUGAGGUGACUGCUGGCCCAUGAAAUAAAAUGGAGGAUACAUAAAUGUCUUCAGAGAGGUGUGAAAUGCUCACUGCUUUGUGACUGAGUAAUAGGGACAACUUUUAAUUCUGCACCUUGUAGAUGGAUUUCUCUCUUCCAAAUGCCCUUGAUUUGCACCCUCAAUGUGGACUGUCUUCAGAGUCAAAGAACUGAAGAAGUUGUUGUUUGUUGCAGUGCAAAUUCACACAGGGAAGUCCUCCCUGAGCCCCACUGAAAUGAGCAGGAGCCAGCAAAGUUCAUUGUGGCUUUUGCACUCAAACCUUAAUUUGCUGAUUCAUAGCCUCACUUUGUCAUUUGACAUGGAUAGAGGCUAUGGCGUGCCAGUUCUAUAUUUCAAGCAUAUUUUCAAUUUAAUUCUGCUUUCAGGCGUCAUUAAUAGGUAACAGUGAAAGGAAAAAACUUGGUGAAACUCUCAGUUUGCCUCCCUAUUCAUAAAAGAGAUAAUAAUUCUCACUGUCAGCUGAAAGCCAUUCAGGAAGAAUUUAAUGGUGUGUUUAGAGGAUAAUUUUAAUCUCUGUCUCAUGCACUCUGUGGAAUUGUAAGUAACCUCAUGCAACAUAACAGAAAAUCCCUUUCCUCCCAGGCCCUUUUGAGCAAUUGCGGGGAUGAGGGGGUAGGUGUGUGUUUGUGGGGGAAUUAUUAGAGGAGGAAAUUCAUUUCUGCUUCUACAUUAAAUACUGCAGAAGGAAAAUAAUUUGACAACUGGAACAGUGGUUGCUCUGCAUCUGGCUUUGAUGCUGCAAAAUCCUGUCCUCAACUUUGGACAAGCAUUUUUAAAAAAAGAAGCAUUGCCGUUUCAUUUAACAUUAUGUCCUCAGUUUUGUCCCAUGUGAAAUUGUUUCAAAAACCCAGCUAGCAGUGCUUCUGACUAGAAAGUUGUGAGAAGGGAAAUGUGAGGGUCUGAAUGACACUCCAAUAACCCCAAAGAAGGUUUAAACAAAGUUAGAAACUUCACCAGUAUGAAAAUCUUCAAAUAAUUUAUGCUCUAUUAUUCAGCAACUUCACAUGAGAUUUUAAUGUUGUAAUAUGUUUUCUCUUUUAUUUCUUUAAGGCUUACUGGAUAUUUUAUUUUCAGAAGUUCUUGCUCGUGCCAUCCAGAAACCAGGUGUAAAAGUAAACUAGUUAUGUGAUAGGAGUCCAUGCAUACAAGAGGAGAUUGCAGUUAUGUGCAAACAUUCCCUUUAUUGUGAUAGGAUUGACACAUGUGCAAAACUUUUAAUUGUAUUUUCUCCAGAUUGCCUCAGGUGCCAUUCCAGAGGUGGAUUAUAUGCCUCUCAGGCUUAUAGAAGGCAGCCUGUUAACAUACAGGGCCUGGAGUUAGCCUCUAGGAACAUCACACUUGAUCCUGUCUGCGUCUGUCAAAUGUCUCAGCAGGAAGUGUGUGGUAUCUUCCCCUGCAAGAAUUAUUCUAGAGACUAUAAGGUGCCAAUGUUAUGUAUGUGUAAUUCCUGAUAAGUUCCAGUGUUUCUUCUCAGUGAAUAUUAUUAUUAAUCGAAAGACCUCAGAACGUAUGCUCAUCUUCACCAGAUGCUUAAGGAACCCUCAUGUACUACAAACCAUGAAAUAAACCUUAAACAUUCCUAAGGGACACACAAGUAGAUUACCUUCAAAGUAAAAGAACACAACAGUUGGCUGGUGAGAAAAUGCAUCUCCUAAUAAAACACGUACUGGAGUUCUGUCUCCAGGCAUGGCCAUUGUGGUGAGGACUUUUGUUUUGUAAUAUUGGAAGAGAAGAAAUAAGAAAGCAGACAACUGUGCAUCGCGAAAGAAAAGUUUGUAUGCAAUAGCUUGGGGUCUUCCUUGUACCCCCUUCACAUGCAGAAUGUUUAGUCACCAUGUACUUUGGCUUUUCCUUCUUACACACCAGCGUCCCACCAAUGGAGGCUUUCAACAAAUGUAAUGCAAAUCAGACCCCCCCAACAUGUAUUCUUCUCCUAACAGCAAUUAGGUCUCAUUUAACGAGAAGUUAUAUCGGCGAAUUAAGUGUGUUGCAGUGGGGAUCUUUCAUGGGCCUGGAAGUGGCUUAUUUUUAUGUAUGAGUGAAUUUGAAGAGAAGAUUUAUUCAUUUGACACACUAAUUCUUGGCAAUAUUGUUACAUGGUGACAACAAUUAUAUAGGCGUGUUUCUACUCUGGAGGUAGGAUGUCUUUCUGCUUUUUAUAAGUGGAUUGACUCUAAAGACAAUAAUGCACAAUUUGAAUUGCAUUUAAGAAGUCCACAGAUUUAUUGAGGUAGAAUCCAACUGGAAGGAACCCAGAGGGUCAUCUACUACAACACCCUGCAUUGCAGGAAUCUUGACGUAGAAUUGUAUAGUCAUAACCCUAAACAUACUGGAUUUUAUCAAUACUCAUAUUCAGAAUAGACCUGUUGAAAUUAGUAGGCCUGUGCAAGUCAUGUAGAGUAAUUUCAACCAUAGCCCCCUUAAUUUCAUGGGAUUUUCUCUAAGUAGAAUUUAGCUGGAUACAAUUCGUUAUUAACAGAUUGCCAUAUAAUAAUAAAAAUCGCAUAAGAAAAUCAACUUUCUUACCCUUCCAGGACAUUUUAGGAUUAUCGUAGGAGUGCAUUGUAUAGACAGUCCCACUAGAUGAGAGACUUGUGGUGUACAGCAGUAGUCCUCAAGGAGAAUGUGCAGGUACCUUCCUGUGACAUAGAGGUCUGCCCUCCUCUACAAUGGCACCAUUGGGUGGUUUUCAUGGCAUGAAGAGAUGCUUAUUUCCCUGUGCUCAUGAGAAUAUUGCAUCAGAGGUUUCCUUGCUUUGUCUCAGUGCAUUCUCGCUAUCAGGUUUUAACUUUUAGAGCUCUCCACUUCACACAUGGUGACUUACAAAUGUUGACUGAUGGAGAAAAUCAGACAGGGCUCUUCCCAGCCUCACCUAGAGAUGGAACAUGGCACAAUCUGCAUGCAGAUCAAGUGCCCUACAGAUGAUCUUUGCUUCCUCUCUUUACCACCUGCCACUUGAGAUUGCUUGGUGUGAAAGUGCCAUACCUAGCAUGUCCAUAAGUAAAUUGCCUUAUUAUUAUUAUUAUUAUUAUUAUUAUUAUUAUUAUUAUUUGUUACAUCUGUACCCCUUCUUUCCUCCAAGGAGCUCAAGGUGGCAUACAAGAUUCUUCCUCUUCCCAUUUUAUGUUAAAAACAACUCUCUGAGGUAUGUUAGACUGAGAGAUGGUGACUGGCUGAAGGUGACCCAGUGAGUUUCAUAGAUCAGUGGGAAAUUGAACGCCAGUCUCUCAGCUUCAAGUCCAGCACUAGAAGCUGUCUUCCUGGUCAAAUGGAACAGUCCCCCCCUCUCUUUCCCAACCAAUCCAAUUAAUACAACACUUGGGGGUGAUUCUGUACUCAGUGGUGCACCAGAUAAUUCUGCCUCCAAACAGGGAAUUUAGACUGAUGACCUUGAUCAACAGAAUUCAACACAAGAGGUCAAUCAAGAUCAGAAUAGUCACCCUCUUUUAGGGAUCCAUUGUUUCAAAUAUCAAGGCCCUGCCAUGGGCUUCCUUCCUUCUGUUGUUUGAUAGCAGAAAACAGUGAGCAGGGAUGAUGGGAGUUGUAAUUCAGUAACACCUGCAGAGCCAAAGGUUUCCUUCAAGAUUCGUCUCAUCUUGCUGCUUCCUUGACCCUAGUGGGUGGGCAAAUCUUUAGCCAAAAGUGGGGGACCUCAGUGACAGAGCAGCAGGAUAUAUUGAUUAUGGAUGCCAAUCUGAGGCUCCUCCAUGAAGCCAGGAAAUAACAAGGCACUCAACAAGCACAUCUUUGACCUUUGGUCUGUUACUUUGGCACUCUAAUAAUGGGCUCUUUGUCUUCAGACACAGCAGACACAUCAAGAAAUUGUUCAGCAGGCCUCUCUCUCUGUGCUUCCCCCAAACCUCAAAAUAUGAAAUAGGCUUCUCUGGACGGUGAGGUGGCAACUUGCGGGAGGUUAGAGAUGGGGGCAGGGAAGUUAAGGGAAUUAGCCUGCUCAAGUCCCUGACAGCUUAAGAGAACUACCCUGGAGGAGAGGUGGGGGUUGAGGGGGGCAGGAACUCUCCUUGCUGCUCUUGACACACUGCAGUGUUUUGUUGCAGAUCCGACUUGUCCUCCCAGUGGCACAAUCUGGAUUGGUUUGUUCUUCAGUGAGAUAGCCUGAGUUGUUUUAAACCCAAUACUCUGCUGCACCAGGGUGACUACACUCAUGCAUGCAUCCAUGUGUGUUGUGCUUAGGAGAGAUGUGAUGCUCCUCCCCACCCCAGGCCAUGUAUUUCCUUCUGGUAUUUAAAUGUGGCCCUUCACACUGUAACUAAUCCAGCUUUUAAGCCAAUUUGCUUAGUCAAUUCUCUCUUGCCUUUUUCACUUUCACUGUAACAGGUAGAGUAUUGGAAUUUGGGGAGGGGUGGGGGCUUUAAGACUGUCCAUAGGCCAAACCUGGAUUUCCAUGUUUCAUGAUCACUCUCCUCAUUCUGAAGAAGGGAGAGCAGAUGAGAUGUUUGGACAGUUGGGACUUUCAGCUCCAGGCUGGGUCCUUUUAGGACAGAUGUGUCAUUAUUUGUAACCUGUCAGAACACAAUAAACGCAGGCAAAAAGGUUGAGACAGCAUCUUUAUCAAGGUGGGUAAAAGUUUGUGUUAUGCAAGCCUAUAAGGCCCCCAAGGCUUCUCCUCUUCUAGCACAGGCCGCAGUCCCUUCUGUAAGGGCCAGCUUCCUGGGCAGAGCACUUUUAAUGUCUCAGCUUCAUUUAGGAGUCCGUUGUGGAAACCUCAAUCUAUUCAGUUCUUUUCUCUGAUCCUCAGUUCUUUUUCCAGUCUCCAAAUCCUUUCAGGUGUCAGUCCAAGCCCACUCCUCUGUAACAGUGGCAAGUGAGAUUGGUAAAUAAUUUUUGCCUUGAACUCAUGGAAAACCUGAACAUAUUGUCUCUCCUGAAUUUGAAAGGUUUUUUCCUGGUUACUUCCCUGCUCUGGGUCUGUCAAGGGGUGGGAAACCUCUAGCCCAGGGGCUGAAUGUGGCCCUCUGGGGCUCUCUGUGGUUCUUUGGAACUCCUCAGCCCACACCCUUCAACAGCCGGACCUUUACCCUCCUUGAGUGUUUCUGCCUGCCUGAAAUGUGUCCUUGAACUCUGAUAAUGAUUAUUGGGGUGUUUGAGAGUGUGUAGGCAUGUGACCCUCAGAAGGGAAGGUGGCCCUCAGCUGAAAAAGGCUCCUCACCCUUGGUUUAGGUCUAGGCAAAGCAGGCAAGGGAGUCCAUUGAGGGACGUCAGACUCUCUUUACAAUAGCUUUGGUUUUCUCCUUCAGAAUAUUUAUUUUACUUUGGAAUAACUUCUCUGAGAAGCUACAGGAAGGGCACAUAGGAUUCCUUGAUGCAAUCACUCCAAUUAGGGUGUGUGUUCUGUGUGUGUGUGUGUGUGUGUGUGUGUGUGUUUUGCCAAAGCCUGAGAGUAGUCUGUUGGAGCUUUCUGUGGGAUUAGGUUAAAUGACGGAGCCAGCAUUAUGCUUACUCUCCAUUUUGAGUCCGGCUGCCUUUUUUGAUUGGAUUUAAGUGUUGCAUUGUGUCUGAUUACAUUGUGUGGGAUUUGUGUUUUUAAAUUGUGUUAUUGUGCAGCACUGAGAGAUUAUGGGCAUCUGAUAAAUAAGCAAACAAUACCAACUGGUGCGGCGUCACCUGAGGUGCCCAAUUGGGUUAGGGUUAGACUUCAGACCGAGGUGGCUAACCUGGCAUUUCCCAGAGGUUGUUGGCCUCCAUCUCCCAGCAGCCUGCAUGACCAUUGGUGAGGGAUGAUGGGAGCUGCAUUCUAGCACCAUCUGGAGGCCACAGGUCCCCUAUCCCUGCUUUAGGACAAACCUGAAAUAUUGCUCUGCCGAUUAUUACAACCAUUUCUGGAUUUGAUAGUGAGCAUAUAGUACAGCCUUUCCCAAGCUGCGACCCUCCAGAAGUUUUAGAUAACUGCACCUAUUCACAGCAGUGGAGGGCCUCACCACGCCUGUCCAUGUUGAUGGAGGGCCUUUCUGGGCCAAUCCAGAGUGGUGGAGGGCCCUGCUGCGCUUCCCCAUGGGAGCGGAGGGCUUUGUGGGCAUCCUCACAGCAGCAGAGGGCCUUGAUGGGCCUUUCUGCAGCUGUAGAGGGCCUCCCUGGGCAUCCCCACAGAGGUGGAGGGCCCCAUCCCACCUUUCUGUUAGGCGGGGGCUGCACUGCACUUCCCUGGGGCAGUGGAGAGCUUCCUGCGGUGGUGGAGGGCCGCGCUGGGCCUUCCCAUGGAGGUUGAGGACUUUAAAAUGUAAAUAAGUAGUAGAUUUAUUAAAAAUAUUAAAUAAACUUCCAUAUAAUUUAUUUAAUAUAUUUUCAACUAAUUUAAGAGUAGUUUAAGUGAUUUACUAGUCAGGUUGCAUCUGCUUCCCCACUCGGAGGUCUAAGUGGAAUCUGUGUGUGCAUAAGCCCUACUAAGUUCAACUAAACAACUACUUUCCUGGGAGCAAGCCCCAUUAACUUCAGUAGGGCUUGCUUGUGAGUAGACAUGCAUUUGCUUGCACUGCUUACUGACAAACAUCCUUUGCACCAUUCUCACACAGUAUCCAACCUUCCAUUUUAGCAUAAGGUAGCCAGCUAAAUCUUUUCCCCUCCAUCUGCCCCCCCAUGGAAAGCCCCCCCAAGCCCUCAUCCCUCCAAUCUUUCCCUUUUUAUCAAAGGGAGGGAGGGCAGGUAGGCUAAUUCAACAGAAAAUGAUGCUCAGGACCCACUGGUCUCCAAGCAUCUAAAACUGGGGCUUCAUCCUCAUAAUAAGUGUUGGAGAUGUAGUAAGGGCAUUGACAUCUUAGAGUAGCUCCAGAGCAUGUGGACUAAAAGUGUCCCGUUUUGAAAAGAAUUAUAUGACCAUAGUCAGUUAUAUUAUCCAAGCUGUAUAUUACUCUUUAAUAACGUAAUUUUAUGACUUAUACCAGCUUCCUUUAGCAGAAAGUAGACCAGACAGCAAGAGCUUUCUCAAUAAGUUAAAUAAAAAUCAAAACUGGUAAGCUGCCCUGAUGCCUCAAAGAGGCCAGGAGAUUUUGGAGUUAUUAGAUUUAACUGUCAAAGAAAUGAAACUAGCGUACAACAGAACCAAAUGUGAAAACAUGUGGUACUCAAAAUGACAAGCAGUUUGGGGAUCUGCAACAUGACACCCGCCCCAACCCAAAGGAAAUAUUUUUUUCUUGCUGUGCACAAGGGGAUCCAGUUCAUUCAAGUCGUUUUUCAGGGGAUCCCUGAAUUCUCCUGCAAUUUACUGCAAAAGCUUCAUUGUUUAGCAUUCUCCUGGUACACCCUAUUAAAGGCAGUGGUGCCAUGGGGAGGACAAGAAAGGUGAUGGCCUUGUUAGGCCAAACUCUUAAGCAACCCUUCAGGAGUGGGCAGGGAUAUUUCUAACAGUAGCUAGAAAAAGAGCUUGCACAUUAAUCAAAGAACCAUUGGUCAUAAAAUAACAUAAUGGCUAAAGCCACAGACUCAUAACAGCUACUCCCUCUUUCUUUAUCAUGCAAAGUUUAAUAUGGCUUUAUUCUGUGAACCCACCCACUCACCUGCCCUCAAAAAUAUUUCUUGGUCCAAUAUGAAACAGGUGCUUGCUGUUUCAUGGUAAAUGGAGUGAAAGGUAAUAAUUAAAUUACGAAGCAUUAAGUACAGGGUUUUUAGUGGGUUGGGAUUGGGGAUAUGAUCCUUGACGCCCCUGGUUAAAGUCAGAUCUGCUUCCACCUGGUUUCUGGGCAGCCGAUGGCAGAGAUUCAGAUGAAUGUGUCUGGAAUCACAGAAGAAAACCUUGUGGUGACCUUGACCCAAAAUGAGCUAAAACAUGGGUAGGCAAACUAAGGCCUGGGGGCUGGAUCCGGCCCAAUCACCUUCUAAAUCCGGCCCGCAGACAGUCCGGGAAUCAGCAUGUUUUUACAUGAGUAGAAUGUGUAUGUGUCCUUUUAUUUAAAAUGCAUCUCUGGGUUAUUUGUGGGACAUCAGAAUGCGUUCAUCCCCCCCCCAAUAGUCCGGUCCCCCACAAGGUCUGAGGGACAGCGGACCAGCCCCCUGCUGAAAAAGUUUGCUGACCCCUGGCUAAAACUCACAUUAGGCAGCCAUGGCAACAAAGGAAACUGACUUCUCUGCCCCUGCUAGGGACAUGAUAUGUCAAGGACCAUGACUUCUAUUUGAAACUACCUGUCAAUUUUGAUAACCCGUUGAGGCCCUUUUGCACAUUCUGCCAACUGCUGCGGCACCAAUGGACAAGCCUCCACUGCCUUUAAGGGUGUGGCUGAUGUUACUCAGGAUGUGGAAUUCGUUUUGCUGGAAAAUUUAUUGAGCUCCAUUCAGUUCCAGGACCUUUUUUAAAAAAACAAACAAACAACUUUUUACCUGCUACUUAGCAAAUACGUUUUGUUGUAUUUGCCGGUUUAAUAUGCUGCGUGUUUGCUUCCAUUGUUUUGUUGGUUCCUUUCUGAACGUCCCCCCCUGUUUUUAUUGUGAAAUUGGCUUUGGUGAUGCCUGGAGAAUUUCCCUUUGGAACUGGGAAUUUCAAAUGAGAGCUGGAGAGUUGGUGGAUCCGCUUUUAAGCUUUACACAAAGGCAUUGGAUCAGUCAUAAACUGAGUGACCAGAAUAGUAGGUUAUCCUAAGGUUACCAGAUUUUUUUUUAAUGAAUCCGGGGUCACUUUUCAACUUCAAUGGAUUUUGUAUGGGGACUGAUUUGUAAAUCCGGGGACUGUCCCCGGGAAACGGAGACGUCUGGUAACCUUAGGUUACCCUCCUGCAGCUGAGUCAAACGUGCAUGCAUUUUAGGGGACAUUUUGUAAGGCCACAAAGUGCUUGUUUCCUCCGUAAGUGAAUGGGCUGUGUCUUGGGAGGACUCUGCUUGAAGAGUGUUGGCUAGCAUUGGAAGCUUGUUGCUGCCCUGUCUCUUGGUGACUCAGAGCUCAUCCACAUCGCGGUGGUGGUGGUUGUGGAUGGGAGCAGGCCAUGGAUGCUACCUCUUGAACGUAGAUCUGUUUACCCAGGGAGUACAUAGCCUUGCCCAGAGGCAGGUGUGUGAAGCCCUCUUCUCUCUGCUUAACACGAACAGAUACGAGCAGGGUGGGGGGCAGCAGAAGGGCAUUUGUGGGAUUGCAGCAUUUGCAUCCUGAACAAUGUCUUUUUUGUAAGGACCCAGUGCUGCUUAAAGAUGGAAUAUGACCUCAUUACUUUUUGAGCCAGGAAGAAUUUCUCCCAGUAAUACGGAGUGUGCUGUCACUUAUCAGCGCCUCACCCCACCCUUUCUUGUGCUUGAUGCUUCUGUUUAUUGUUUGUUUUAGAAAUGGACUGUAAAUGCAAAAAAGUGUUCUAUAAUCUUAAAUUCCUUCUUCAGAGUGAGGAUUAAGUUGUAGCAUUGUUGGACUUUUCCCUCCUAUGUGAGGAAUGCGGCAGAUAGCAUGCUUUCCAUGGGGCCUGGCUAGCUUGCACCUAAUUCUUUUGGCUGUGUGCAGUGUGUUCCUUUCCACAAUCAGCCUUGUUAUUUGGCCACGGGUGGAAGGGGAGGCACAGUUCCAGUAGCCCUCACCCCACCUGCUCUGGGGACCUGAUCCGGAUCGUGUGCAAAACUGAGCUUGAAAGGGGAACAUCAGAGGGGAGCUUGUACCCAGCUCAAUCAGUCGCUACUUUCCCUUAAAGGCCUUGUUCAGAGGUGGGGCCCCUUUUCAGUCUGAGGGCUGCAGUCCCUCCUGGGGAGCCUUCCCAGGACUGCAUGCCAGUGGUGGGCUGGGCCAAAGGCAAGAGUGGGUGGAGCAACAGGUAUAAAUUUUCAGCCUUGAACAGCAGGCUAGUGUCUACACACACAAACAAAUUGCAUGUCCAUCUCUGUCCUACAUCCAGGCAAGCAAGAGGGUUCUAUCAGAGUUCAGUGACACAUCUCCAGCAAGAAACUCUCAAGUAGGGUGUGAAUCAGAGCCUGGGGAGAGUCCUGAGGGUGGGGGGGGGAGAGGUAUGGAGGGCUGGAUUUGGCCCUCAGGGACCUGAAUUUCUCCACCCCGGCCCAAUAACUUAAAAAGCCAGGGAGAAGGCUUUAGGUAGGGGUAGACUAAAAGUGUGGUGUGGUGGUUUCUAGACACUUACAAUAUUGGCUGGGUUUGGAAAUUGCUGUAAAGUCAGUUCGGUUGCUGCCCUUGGAGAAUUAGCAGUUGUUUUCUGUUUGGAAUCUCCCCUCCCAAAUUUUAUAUGAAAUCAUGGGGUUAAUUCCUCUUGAAAUGGGUUCUGACAUUAUCUUUUUUAUGUUUGGCUAGCAAGAAUGUGAAUAUGCAUAUGAAGGGGUGGGUAGAGACGAAGGUCUUAAAGAUCUGUCAGAUUUGACUGCACAGUUUCUACAUUUCUGCCUCCAUUGCUAUAGAAACAGGGUUUGCUGAUCUGAUGUGGUACUGGGAAUACAGUUACAGUGUUGAAGAUCUGGUUGCGUAUGAGUUUUAAUUGUGUAAUCCAUCUAGGUAGAUCUAGGCAUGCCUGAUUUAUGCAAGUGCUGUUCUAAUUUGGGAGAAGCAGCAUGCAUUGAAAAGUGGAUGCACACCACUUGGGCAGAGUCAGACCAUUGAUCCCUAGCCCAGGAUUGUCUGCUUUGACUGACAACAACUCACCAAUUCUCCCUCCGGCUUUCCAGCCCUGCUACUGCAGAUCCUUCAUAGAGAUGCUAGCAAAUGCACCUUGGACUUCCAUGUGUGAUCCUUAAAGAGGAAGACCCCAGUUUGUUUGCUGUGCAUUGUGGGAGCUCUGAGCCCAGUCUCUGAAUAGCCUACAGGACAAUGAUGCUGUGUUGCUGCCUGGAGGAAGGGUGGGAUAUAAAUUUAGUAAAUGAAUAGGAGUGCCUGCUUUGGAUUCCUGCAUAGACACAAUCUGGUGGCAUUCAGGAUCUCCUUCCCCUGAAAGCACCUUGCAACGUGGACUGUAGUGGACGCCUUGUGCAAAGAGAACCUUUGCAAUGCUGCAGCGGUUGGCCGAGGAUUUGGUGUUACCUGUAUUUUGAUUUCCCUUCCUGUAACAUGCUGCCUUUUCUCUCCCCUGUAUCCUUGCAGUGAUCCAUGCUGAAAAGGCUCCAUUCAUACAGAUGAGCCCAGGGUCGAGGUGGCACUUUAAACCCAGAUAG